GGUCGAGUCCAGCAGGGGGCGCUGAUCAACGUGAACAUGCCGCAAAAAAACUCACAGAAGAAGAACAACGUUACCGCACAUGCGCAGUCUCCGUUUGCGGCUCUGACUACCGGAAUUGUUGAAGAUGGCUGCGCCCAUAGACCUGGAGCUGAAAAAGGCCUUCUCGGAGCUGCAGGUGAAGAUGAUCGACACGCAGCAGAAGGUGAAGCUCGCGGACCUGCAGAUCGACCAGCUGACGCGUGUCCACAAGCACGCGAAGCUGACGCACGCGGAGAUCACCACGCUGCCGGACAACACGCGACUCUACGAGGGAGUGGGGCGCAUGUUCAUCCUGCAGUCACAGGACGAGAUCAAUACUCAGCUGAACCACAAACAGAAAACAGCCGACGAGAAGAUCAAAGAGCUCGAGCAGAAGAAGUUGUACCUUGAACGCAGCGUGAAAGACGCUGAAGACAACAUCCGAGAGAUGCUCCUGUCCAGGAGAGCUCAUUGAUCGGCACCGAUCAUUCAUCACUGCGUUUGUUCAGCACCGAUCAAUAACUAGUCACAUCUGUCAUUGUGUUUGCCUGUUUACAUUAAAGUAUUGAAGCUUCA